AUGCCUGACACUCAAGCAAGAAAUGAAGGUACCAUUGACCUGUCAUAUAAGCCGCCUAAAUCCAUGAAAAAGCUUACCUCGGUAGACGAUCAGGCUAUGGAGGCGGGUUUCGAAUGGGACGCACUGGACGCAGACCCGAAUAUUGAUGUGUGGGCUGUCAGAAUACCUGCAGGCUUGAAACCUACUGAUCUUGUAGGACUAAAAAUCAAACUUCCCUCGAACAGUUCCACUAGUAUAUCAGGUGCUUUCAAAAAGGGUAAUAGCAGCUACAAGUUACAAAGUGCUGAGGAAGAGGGUGCACUUGGUGGAGAGGAAAUGGAAAGCCUGAACUGCUUGGUACCUAAAAGAGGAGACGGGGGUGCUCUGUAUAGCGUUCCAAGGCCUCUUAAACGUCUCAUACUAAUGCGGGAAGUUCCUAUUCCUACUCCUCCGCUUAGCACACUUUCAUUUCAACCUGCUCGGCGACCACAACCACUCGACCGUCUCAAACAUACAUUCGCACCUAUUGGAUCCGAACCUGUUUCUCCCCCUUCUCCAAUGAUGGAGAUCGAUGCCCCCGCAGAGGCGGAAUCUCCAAAUAAGAAGCAGAAGAGAACCUCGAUUAAAACAGAGGUCGUUGAGGCGAAGAACAGCAAAGGGAAAGGGAAAUCUAAGGAUGAGAAACCUCAGCUGGCGGGGGAAGUUAUGGAUAUAGACGGGGGUGCGGAACCAUUACCGCCCAAAAAGUCCAAGAAGAAAUCUAGCAGGGUGAACAUAAAGGUCGAGGCUACGGAACCGGCACCAGAGGUAAAGAUAGAAAAGAAAAAACGCAAGGCUGCAGGGGGGAAUAACUCAGUGCAUACGUUAUGUUGUUUAAUUUGCUAUUAUCCUUAA